AUGAGUGAAGAUAUUUUAAUGGAAAAUCAGCAAGAAAAUAUUGGGCUGAAUAACAACAACCCAGUUCCAGACACAGAAGUACCUCAAAAGAGUGGCAUUUUUGAUAAUAAACGAGUGUUACUGUUGGGAUCUAUACUCGGUGUAGCGUGUUGGUCACUUGCAGGGAAUACAUGUCGCUUGGCCAUUCAAGGUGCUUUUCUAAACCAGACAUUUCUUGUAACACAUGAAAAAUUUGGCCCUAAUGCUAUUGGUUGUUUUAUCAUGGGUUUUAUCUCCUCUUUGGCCUCCAUGGUAACAAGAGAAACGAAAUUCCCAUGGAUUUACAAUAGUAUUCUCGUUGGAUUUUGUGGAUCCCUGACGACCUUCUCAGGUUGGAUACUAGAUGUGGUUGGACAGGAAAAUGCGGCUCUCGCCAUUGGUGAACUCAUCUCAGGUUUAACGAUGCCAUUUAUUUUUCUUAUUUGGGGACGUGACUGUGCUUUGGUACUUCGGCCAAUAAUUCAAAAGGUACUACGUGGUAUGAAUAAAGCUGAAUAUAGUUGUGGUAAUUUACAUAUGGUAAAUUUUUUCUUCCUCAUUUUCUCUAUAGUGGCAACGGUUGUAAUUCCUAUAGUGAUUGAAGUCUUUGUGCAUCAUGAGACUAUUGAUGUGAGUUUUGCUGAUCGUCGUGCGGUUGUUUUGGGACCUGCCGGUGCUGUGCCGCGUUUCCUACUUGCCCUAUUACUGAAUGGUUUGUCUUGUACACGGAAGUUUCCAUUAGGUACACUCCUCUCAAAUAUUAUUGCUGUGAUAUUAACAGGUAUAUUUGAUUAUUAUUACAGAAAAACAGGGAAUGAAUGGUAUAGUAUAUUAAUGAAUGGACUUUGUGGAUCUCUCUCCACAGUCUCUUCUUUCGUUAAUGAGAUUGUUGGGCAGUAUACAAAUGGUAUGCGUGGGAUGGCCUACUUGUACGCAUUUAUAUCAUUAGCUAUAAAUUGUGCUAUUUUGGCUAUAUGUCGUCACGCAUUUCCAUAA